ACACAUCUGAAGAUGCGCACGUCCUCACGCGGAGAGCCAGGAGAGGAAAACUAAAGGAGAAAUGCUGUGAAGCCAGAAACAAAUUAUGUGUUCAAACAAGAGUAUGAACGAUCCUGGUGCUCUGACAGACCAGUAAAAAGUGGAGAUGGGAGAAGACAACAGGAGCACCUCCUCCGGGACAUGGGCUCUCAUCCACCCAUCGGGGAGCCCACAUGACCUCAUGCCCAAUUACGACAUCCCUCUGGAUUACGAGGUUCCGGUGGACGAGAUCCCAGACACGACUCAGGGACGAGCGUUCUUUGUGGCUACAAUCGUUAUCGCGGUGGUCCUGGUCUGCAUCAUGCUGGUGUGCGGUGUUGGGAAUUGCCUCUUUAUAGCCUCAUUGGCACGCUACAAAAAACUAAGGAAUCUCACCAAUUUACUCAUCGCCAACUUGGCAAUAUCAGACUUCCUGGUGGCCACUGUGUGCUGUCCCUUUCUGGUGGAUUAUUACGUGGUCAAGCAGCUGUCAUGGGAUCAUGGGAUUGUGCUUUGCAUCUCCAUUAACUACCUUAGGACUGUGUCUCUCUACGUGUCCACCAAUGCCCUGCUAGCCAUCGCGGUGGAUAGGUACAUGGCUAUCGUUCAUCCCCUGAAGCCCCGUAUGAAGUAUCAGACAGCGUACUGGAUUAUUUUCGGAGUUUGGAUAAUCCCAGUCCUCAUCGCGGUUCCGUCGGCCUACUUCGCUACAGAGCACGAAUACCCGCACAGCGCACUGGGCCACGACAAAAAGAUCUUCUGCGCCCAGAUCUGGUCUGCAGACCAGCAGCUCAUGUAUCGCUCCUACUUCCUCUUCAUCUUCAUCGUGGAGUUCCUGGGGCCCGUGGUCACCAUGUCAGUCUGUUACGCACGGAUCUCCAGGGAGCUGUGGUUCAAGAACGUCCCGGGAUUUCCGACGGAGCAGCUGCGUAAACGUCUACGACGGCGGCGCAGGACGGUGGUGGCGCUGAUCGCGGUUCUGGCGGCGUACGUGAUGUGCUGGGCGCCAUAUUAUAGUUUCACGCUGCUGCGCGAUUUCUACCCGGCACUGAUCACACGCGGCCGUAACUCGCUGGUCGUUUUCUACAUCAUCGAGUGCAUCGCUAUGAGCAACGGGGUCAUUAACACUCUGUGUUUUGUGAGCGUUAGGAACAAUGCCGUGAAGUGCUUCAGAGCCGUCAAACUCGCUAACUGGCGCUCGCUAACGAGGGUGAUCGUUGGCAAGAUAGCGGAAGACGACAUUAGGACUUCCUCCUUGAGAGUGACAGAGGAUGUGGAAUGUACACGAAUAAAGUGAAAUGAUGGAGAAAUAAACUAAAAGGUGAUACAAGGCCUCAACAAUGACAUCAUGUGGGGUCAAGAAAUGUCCAUAAAUUUGGAAGGAGCCACAGAGACAUGAAAACAUUACGGGAACAAAUGAAGUCUUGUUUUGAAAGUCAAAACAACAUGAUAGACCGGUGAUAUGGUUCGGCCAAGAGUUGUGAUAUGAAAAAUUAAACUGAUGAGAGACUGACUUGUGUAAAUGCUCCCAGAUUAAUAUAUGUUAAUUCCACUACAGAAAUAAUUUCCCAAUUCAUUAGGAAAAACAUUGCCUCAAAGACCCUCUGACGUCAACAUGCAUUUUCAGUGAUAAGUGUAGAUUUGCUGAAGGUGACAGACCAGAAAUUAUGUUGCUGAUCAAAACCCUGACUUAACAGAUUUUAAUAAAAGUGUCAGACAAAAUGUUCAGUUCGUAAGUCCUAUUCAGACUAAUGUUCAAAAAAGUGUCUGUACCUACAUUUUUGCAAAAAAUGUUGCAGUUUCCAGCUGAAAUGGACACUAGUGUCAGUGAAAUGCCAACUUUUAUUGCUUUUCACACAAAUCGUAGGAGCAAAUUAUCAGUUAAUAAAGACUUUUUGUCCAGUUCCUUGCACAAUAUAUAUGUUAUGACCUCAAAAUACUUUUACCGUAGUGCAUGACAUGUAAAGUAAAUACAUUUUGAUGUUUGAAUCACAUAACCAGCUCCAUUUAUAU